AUGCUUAUUGAUUCAGGAAGCACGCCAGAUUCAUUCGGCAUCGGGUGCAGUAGUGAUGCAAGCGAUAUUGUGUGCUGUACACCAAAGAUUUGUACUGUAAGCCAUGCCACUGACGAAGAAGCCAAUAUGUGCAAUGAUAGUGAUGAUUGCAUCACCAGCAGGCACAGCAUGUCUAAUCAUGCAGAGCCAGGCGCCCGGCAUAAGGAUGAAUACACGUGUGCACACAUCAGGCCAAGAGCAUACACACCAAAGAGGUUGUGGACAAAACGAGAUGUAGAGUAUUCUUUGGACAGCAUGUAUUGCGAUAGGAUCCUCAACAGGUUUGUUGCGAAUAUAAACACAUUGAAGGAAAAAGGUACAUACGACAGAAGCAUAAAUGAAGAUGCAUUCUACUACAACUACAGGGCCGUUGCUGCAGAUCUAGAGACGCUAACAACCUCAAGCGAGCUCAUGGACAAGAUAGAGUGUAAGCGGUUAAGGACAAUGUCACUUCAGCUGAUCGAAUAUUCAAUGAAGUUCAACAGGAAUAUCGAGAAGCUCAUUGACAUGGCAAUGUCUAUUGAUGCACAGGAUCCCAUCAAGGACAUGAUAAAAACAAGCAUUGCGAAAAAGAAGGGAAUACUUGGGCUGAUAAGAGUCAUCAGAAACCACAUCUCAGAGAUUGUACUCAUGGGUGGUGUCUGCAGGAAGCACAUCGAUGAAUCAAAUGCAAUCGCAUUCAGAGGAAUAGAUGGAAUCGCCAGGCAGCCCGAAGAAAACAAAAACACAUAG